GUGUAAAGAUAAAAACCACAGGAGAAGUGAACUAGAAUAGUUCUCUUAAUCCAGAGACAGCAAGGCUUCUGUCCACUUACUCUGAUCUGUCCUUACUGUUCUGUGACCUUCAUCCAGUGAGCCGUAGUGAGGCAAGUUGGGGUAUUGUGGGUUUGUGCUGCAGUAUGGAAGGUUCCCGGUGCUAUCAGACCGUCCCGUCCCACUGCUCGGUAUGUGGGCGGCACUCAAGGGGGGCAUCCUUUUCCUUGGUCCGCAUCUCCGCUGGAGAAAUGGAGUCCUAUCAUCGUUUGCUGGGAAUGUGUCUGGAAACCGAAUUAGCAUCGAGGAGAAAUGAGAUUAUGCAGCAGGAGAUCAGGCCGUUACUGGCUGUCGACAUAAUCGAAGAACUUCACAGGCAGUUUGCGCUUCUUUCAGGAGGAAGAGGAAAAGAUGGAUCUCCCAUCAUCACCUUCCCAGAGUUCUCAGGAUUUAAUGAAGUGUCUGAUGAGGAUUUUGUUAAUGUUGUCAAAUACCUGACCAGCAUACCAAGCAUGGAUGCUGCUAGCAUUGGCUUCAUCAUCAUCCUGGACCGCAGGAAGGACAAAUGGAACUCAGCAAUCACUUCUCUGGCACGGAUAGCGGGCUCCUUUCCAGGAAAUCUCCAGCUUGUUUUGGUUCUGAAACCCUCACGUCUCCUCCAGAGGGCCAUGGCUGAUGUCAGUAUGAGGUUACAUAGGGAUGACUUCAAAUUGAAGAUUGUUAUGCUAAAUUCCCUGUCAGACUUGCAUGGCUACAUUGACAAAGGCCAGCUGACCUGCGAUCUCGGGGGAACCCUGGACUACUGCCACAGUCAAUGGAUUCACCAUCGCACAGCCAUUGAGAACUUUGCAUUAACGGUGAAGAGCACAGCACAGAUGCUGCAGCAGUUUGGAACUGACCUGGCAGAAACCGAACUUCCCAAUGACGUGCAGUGCACCAAAGAUUUGCUCAUCACACACACCGAAAAACACGAUAAGCUCAAGGAUGAGCUGAAAUUGGCUAUAAAGCAAGGAAAUACUAUGCUGUCCUGUAUCAAAGACCAGGCCAGCAAAACCGAGAGCCACAUUUUGAACCCGGAUGAGGUAGAGAACCAAACAACUGCUGAGAGGUUGUUAGCGCAGCUCGAUGAGACGGAGAAUGCGUUUGAACAGUUCUGGUCGAGGCAUCACCUCAAAUUAGAGCAGUGCUUACAAUUACGGCACUUUGAGCAGGACUUCAGAGAGGUGAAAGUUUCUCUGGACGUCCUGAUGGAGACCUUGCUGGGCCUGUCUGACACCGGGGACUGUGUGGCUCGGGUGGAACAUCUACUGGGGGAUCUGAAAACUUUGGAGGACAAAGCUCAGGAGUCUUUGGAGAAAGCUCAGCUUCACGCUCAGCAUGGUGACCAGCUCAUUCAAAGUAACCACUAUGCCGUGGACUCCAUCCGGCCGAAGUGUGUCGAACUGCGGCGGAUCUGUGACGACUUCAGCAAUGAGGCCAAAAAGAAACGUGACAUUCUGACCAAAUCACUUGAAAUCCACAAACGAAUCGAUGAGGUGAACCAGUGGUGUGAGAGUGGAGUGUAUCUGUUGGCCUCUCAGGCUGUAGACAGAUGUCAGACCCAGGAAGGUGCAGAAGCAGCACUGCAGGACAUCGAGCGGUACAUGAAUUCAGCCAAAGAGCAGCAGCUCAGUCACCUCAAAGACCUCAGCAACCAGUAUGAGAUUGUCCUCUCAGAGUGGGUCAAGGGCAAAGCUCAAACCGCUCUGAAAAAGCUAGAUGACGUUCAAGAGAUGUUUGACAAAAGACAUGCAAGUCUGAAAAAGCUUUCUGCAAAGCAAACAAGGCCAGUGCAACCAGUUGCACCUCGACCAGAAUCUUCACCAAAACGCACUUUACCUAAAAUCCCACAUCACACUGCACCUACAUCAAAUCGCAAAGCUACCGAAAACUCCUGCCCCAGUAAGCAGCCCAGUGACACAGAGCUGGCAAAAAGGAAGAAUAUUCGCAAAGCCAAAGGUGGCAUCAAGAUUGAGGUCAUGCAUGAAGGAGGGCAAGGGGGUUCGAGUCUUGUCCUCAUGAACAAUGAAACCGAAGAGUCGCUUUCAAACAGACGCAGGAUUAAAAACACAAGUGAUACUGCAUAUCACCAGCAAAACUGGUUACCAGGGCAUAAUGCCAAGAACGUGCAGGAGUCUUUGGAGAAAGCUCAGCUUCACGCUCAGCAUGGUGACCAGCUCAUUCAAAGUAACCACUAUGCCGUGGACUCCAUCCGGCCGAAGUGUGUCGAACUGCGGCGGAUCUGUGACGACUUCUGCAAUGAUGCCAAAAAGAAACGUGAGAUUCUGACCAAAUCACUUGAAAUCCACAAACGAAUCGAUGAGGUGAACCAGUGGUGUGAGAGUGGAGUGUAUCUGUUGGCCUCUCAGGCUGUAGACAGAUGUCAGACCCAGGAAGGUGCAGAAGCAGCACUGCAGGACAUCGAGCGGUACAUGAAUUCAGCCAAAGAGCAGCAGCUCAGUCACCUCAAAGACCUCAGCAACCAGUAUGAGAUUGUCCUCUCAGAGUGGGUCAAGGGCAAAGCUCAAACCGCUCUGAAAAAGCUAGAUGACGUUCAAGAGAUGUUUGACAAAAGACAUGCAAGUCUGAAAAAGCUUUCUGCAAAGCAAACAAGGCCAGUGCAACCAGUUGCACCUCGACCAGAAUCUUCACCAAAACGCACUUUACCUAAAAUCCCACAUCACACUGCACCUACAUCAAAUCGCAAAGCUACCGAAAACUCCUGCCCCAGUAAGCAGCCCAGUGACACAGAGCUGGCAAAAAGGAAGAAUAUUCGCAAAGCCAAAGGUGGCAUCAAGAUUGAGGUCAUGCAUGAAGGAGGGCAAGGGGGUUCGAGUCUUGUCCUCAUGAACAAUGAAACCGAAGAGUCGCUUUCAAACAGACGCAGCCACAUAAUGAAUGAAUUGAUUGAGACGGAGAGGCUGUACGUGGAAGAGCUUCAGAGCAUCAUAGAGGGAUAUGCCGCUGCACUGGAUGACCCCGAGCUGAUCUAUUUGAUCCCUCCAUCUUUGGAAAACAAGAAGGAAGUACUCUUUGGAAAUCUGCCUGAAAUCUACGAAUUUCACCAGAAGACUUUUCUCAAAGAGCUAGCAAAUUCUGUGGAAAAGCCGGAGUUAGUAGGAACAUGUUUUUUGAAGCGGAAGGAAGAGUUACAAAUUUAUGAGAAAUAUUGUCAGAAUAAGCUACGAUCGGAGGCUUUGUGGCGGCAGUGUGGGGACAGUAUGUUCUUUCAGGAGUGUCAAAAAAGGUUGGAUCACAAGCUUUCAUUAGAUGCGUAUCUGCUAAAGCCUGUGCAGAGAAUCAUCAAGUACCAGCUGAUGUUAAAGGAGAUGCUGAAGUGCAGUAAGAACUCAGAGGGCACCGCAGAACUGGAGGAAGCUCAGGCCACAAUGCUGGAUAUCAUCAAAUCAGUCAAUGACUCCAUGCAUCAGAUCGCCAUUACUGGUUUUGAGGGCAAUCUGAAUGAUUUGGGAAAACUGCUCAUGCAGGGGUCGUUUAAUGUUUGGACAGACCACAAGAAAGGUCACAGUAAAGUGAAGGACUUGGCACGCUUCAAACCCAUGCAGAGACAUCUCUUCCUCUACCACAAAAUGCUUUUGUUCUGCAAGAAACGUGAGGAGACAUCUGAUGGCCAUGAGAAAUCCCCCUCCUACAGUUUCAAACACUCAUUAAAGAUGAGCUCGGUGGGAAUCACAGAAAAUGUAAAGGGAGACAUCAAGAAGUUUGAAAUCUGGUACAAUGGUAGAGAGGAAGUUUACAUUGUUCAGGCCCCUUCGAUGGAAGUGAAGAACAGGUGGGUGUCAGAGAUCCGCAAAGUCUUGACAAGCCAGCUGGAAGCCUGCCGAGAAGCCAGUCAACUCCAUCAGAAGAUUACAGAGAACAUCUACCAUGCUCCUAUGAGAAAUAUGCGCAAAACAGCUCUCCGGCAGUCUGACUCUUCCAGUCCUGAAACAGGCUACAGGCGUGGUGAUACAGGCCCAAAUAUGCGUCAAAAACGAGCUGACGCUUCCGCCAGCCUCGGCUCGGAGCGAUCUGUUCUCGCUAGAAAGCGCUUCACCUUACAGGGCCUGUCAAACCGCAGGUCUCUCCCCGCAGAACCCACACCUAAGGAGACAGAGGUCACACGCCGCUUUUCUUUAGCCUCAACUGUCAGCAAUAAAGGUACAAAAACUGCUUGUGCAGGAUCACCUCUAAGCAUGUUUCUAAAUUGUUUUAGCCGGGCCAGAAGACAUAAAACCCCUGAAAGCGGCACAAUAGAGCACUCCCAUUAUAAUAUCAGCGUGCCAUGUUUGCAUAUUGGAGUUUGCUUGCUGCAUUGUUAGCAUGCCGCUUUAAAUCUCUUUGAUAAAACCUGUUCUGUGGCC